GAGGCCACAAUCACCUCCCCUCAGUCUCUUGAUCACUGACGACAAAACCCAGCAGCACAAGCAAGUCGACACCGUCCUUGCCUGCUGUCGUCAUGGCUGCGAGCAAUCCUGUCCCGCUGGUCGCCAAUAGCGCCAAAGACAGCAAGAAGCGCCCCUUCCUUAGCUUCUUCAGGCUUAUCCUCCUCACCCACCCUGGCUGGUUCGACAUCACCAUCAUUGUCGUCGGUACGCUCGCAGCAAUAGCAGCUGGUGUUCCUUUCCCGCUCCUAGUGAUUCUCUUCGGCCAGCUUGUCGACAACCUCAACGGUGCCACGUGCAUUGCCGAGACAGGCAACGCAAACCCCUACGAGUACGAAGAUGUCAUCAACCAGACCGUCAUCAAGAUCUGCUACAUAGCUGCCGCUCAAUUCGUCCUCAUCUACGUCUACUCGGUGUGUUGGAACAUACAGGCUCAGCGUCUGACACAGCGAUUGCGCGACCGCUACUUCCGCGCCUUGCUGCGGCAAGAGCCCAGUUUCUUCGACGACAAGCAUGCUGGUCAGGUCAGCGCCCGCCUUAACGACGACUUUGCCGCAAUAGACUCGGGGACGAACGAGAAGGUCGGAAGACUGUUGGGCCAAGUAAGCUUCUUCACCACAGCCUACAUUGUCGCCUUCAUCAAGCACGCGGUCCUUGCCGGCAUCCUCAUCUCUUUGCUGCCGGCGUUCCUCGCGCUUACAUUGGCUGGCAGCUACUUUUUCAAAAAGUAUAAUGCCAAGAGCACUGCCGCGUUUGGAGUGGCAAGCUCGAUCGCCUCCGAGGCCUUGAACAAUAUCCCCAUUGUCCAAUCCUUUGGCGCCGGACCUCGACUCGAACAAAAGUUUGCGAAGCAGAUUGCCCUCGCUCGCAAGUUUGGCAUCAACAAGGCUAUCGUGGCUGGCGGGCAAGCUGGUUUGCUCUACUUUAUUGCCUACAGCUCCAACGCCUUGGCCUACUGGCAGGGCAGUCGGAUCGUUGCAGAUGCCAUCAAUGGCAAUGGCGAUGCGACGGUUGGUCAAGUGUACACGGUCGUGUUCCUCAUGGUUGAUGCUUGCAUCAUCAUGGGUGGUCUCGCACCCCUUUUCCCGAUUUUCGGCGCUGCAUCCGCAGCAUAUGAUCGGCUCUGCGAGGACAUGCAGCACGUAUCGGCCAUUGAUGGAGUGACAGAAGACGGCAACAAGCUCAGCUGGGAGACUCCAGGCACUGUCGAAUUCCGUAAUGUCGGCUUUGCUUACCCUUCGAGACCUGACCAGCCAGCACUGAAGAAUGUCAGUCUGAUUCUGGAAGCCGGCAAGCACACUGCUAUAGUCGGUCAGUCAGGAAGUGGCAAGUCGACGGUGGCUGCCCUGCUAGAUCGACUGUACAACCCAAGCAGUGGUACGAUCCUCAUGGAUGGGUCUGACAUCACCGCUCUCAACGUCCGCAACGUGCGAGGCUUCCUGAGUUUGGUGCAGCAGGAAGCAGCGCUGCUCGACCGGUCGAUCUUUGAGAAUAUAGCCAUCGGCCUGGUCAACUCGCCUCACCCAGAGCACCAAGACCUCCGAAACAUUGUUGGCAGUCCUGAUCUUGAGCAAUUGGUCGCAGACGCUGGCAAAGAUAUCAUGGAGGAGGCCGCUCGGCGAGGAGGCCUGAUCGCCAAGAUUGCGGAGUUGGUCAAGCAUGCUAGCGAGCUUGCCGAUCUGGCUUUCAUUACCGGUCUUGAUCACGGCUACAGCACUCAAGUGGGAACUGCAGGCAAGCUCGUUAGCGGUGGCCAGCGCCAGCGCAUCGCCCUGGCCCGAGCACUCAUCCGCGACCCCAAGAUCCUGGUCCUCGAUGAGGCCAGUGCAUCCCUCGACCAAGCUUCUGAGAAGCGUAUUCAGGCGGCCAUCGACCGUGUUGCCAUUGGCCGCACCGUCAUCUCAAUCGCACACCGCCUGUCCACGAUCAAACAUGCAGACAAGAUCGUCGUCUUCCAUGAAGGAUCUGUGGUGGAAGAGGGCACAUAUGAUGCGCUACUAGAACAGGGCGGUGCAUUUGCGCGCCUUGUCAACCUGCAGGGCAUUGAUUCCGGCGAAUUUUCCGAGUCCUCAUCCCUGGCCAAUAGCGAGAUCGGAUCCUUGAGCCGUGAUAUCGAGAAGGAUAGUCUUGCAGGUCCGACCACGGAGGAGAAAGGGGAUGUCGCUACAUUGCCCGAGGAGGAAACGCCAGAGAUGAAGACAGCAUCGGUUAGCGUUGGUCAAGAACUGCCGAAGGGAAUCGUUUCUGCUGGCAUGCACAAGCUGAUCAGACCUAACUACAAGUGGUUGGCAGUUGCCCUGCCAGCUGUAUUUAUCGUUGGCUGCACUUACACCGCCAUGGGCCUCAUCUUCGGCUACACUGUGAGCUCUCUCAGUGCCUGUGUGUCUACCGCUGCCGAGGUCACUCAGUUGGGUUUCUUCUAUGGAGGGCUGAUGUUCAUGCUUGCUGUUGUCGAGUUCUUCGCGAACGUCGGCAGCUGGACCGCCUUCGGGCGUGUGUCCGAGGAUCUUGUCUACCGGAUUCGAGUGCUCAACUUCAAGAAGCUGGUCGAGCAACCUGUCGAGUGGCACAAUUCCGAGGGGCGCAAUCCCGCAGUCCUUCUGGGCUACAUUACCAAAGACGGUGCUGCUCUGGCAGCAUUUAGUGGCAGCAUUAUUGCCACGAUCCUGUCCGUCCUAGUCAACUUCCUGGUUGCUAUCAUCGUUGCGCACGCCUACGCUUGGAAGAUUGCUUUGGUUUGUCUGUCCAUGGUGCCCAUUCUUCUCCUCGCAGGCGCGUUGCAGCUUCGUGCAACGCAUAGCUAUAUGGAGAAGAGCCAUACGGCAUACGUCAAGGCCAUUGGCAUCACUGUCGAGGCCGUUAACCAGAUCAAGACAAUCGCCAGUUUCUCUCUCGAAGACCAGGUGGUCGAGGACUACCGUCGGGCGCUGAAGUCCCCCAGAACCGACAUGAUCAAGCAAGGCUUGCAUACUUGCAUCUAUCUGAGCAUUUCGAACAGCACGGGCUUCUUCAUAUACGCGCUGUCGUACUGGUGGGGCUCUCAGCUCAUCAUGAAGGGCGAGUACACGCAGACACAGUUCUUCGUGGUGCAGGUCUCGAUGCUGGUGAGCGCCCAGCUCUGGGGUUACAUGUUCACACUGGCGCCCGAGUUCUCCCGUGCACAAGGGGCCGCCACGAGAGCCAUGAGCUUGAUCAAUAUGGGUAACGAGGGUGGUGUGGAUGACAUCAAGCUGCCGCACAUCAUCCAGAUUGGCAAGGAUGGCGAGGAGAAGCGCGAGAGCGGGAAACUACGCCAAGACGUUGAAGCCAUGAAGACCACAGCUAAGGACACAAUCAGCGCCGGCAAGAGCGUGGGACUCAACAUCGCAUUCCGCGACGUUCACUUUGCCUACCCCUCAAGGCCCCAGCACAAGAUCCUGCAGGGCAUGUCGUUCAACGUGUCUGCCGGCCAGUUUGUUGGGCUCGUUGGACCGUCAGGUGCUGGCAAGUCCACCGUUAUGGGCCUGAUGCAGCGACUGUAUCUUCCUUCAAGCGGAUCAAUCGAGAUCAACGGACUCAAUAUCUCCACGCGCCGGGGCGACGGCAACACCGCGUACAGAGACGACAUCGCCGUGGUCCCUCAGGACAGCGCGCUGUUCAGCGGCAGCAUCCGCUUCAAUGUAGGCCUGGGCGCCCGACCAGGACAUGAUGCUACUGACGAAGAGAUUGAGGAGGCGUGCAAGACUGCCAACAUCCACGACACCAUUGCUGCCCUGCCGCAGGGCUACGACACCGAGUGCGGACCUAACGGCAUGCGUCUGUCUGGAGGGCAACGUCAGCGCUUGGCGAUCGCUCGCGCUCUGGUGCGCAAGCCGGGCCUCCUGCUUCUGGAUGAGAGCACCAGUGCCCUCGAUGCAGAGAGCGAGAAGGCGCUGCAGGUCGGACUGGAGCGGAUUGCGAGGGGCAUCACCGUGGUGGCCAUUACGCAUCGCCUGCACACCGUGCAGAAGGCCGACCUCAUCUUCAUGAUCGAGGACGGCAAGGUGCUGGAUAAGGGCAGCCACCGGGACCUGAUGGAGCGCAGCGAGUCGUACAGGGUCAACGCGUUGCAGCAGAUGCUGCAGUGAUGAGUCUUGAGCUAAGGGCCCUGACACAUGUGGAUUAUGCACAUGUUGUUGGGAUGGCGUGUUACUGCUACAUCUCUCAUGGACCUUGAGAUAAUACAAUCGAUUAAAAGGUCCCAAU